CCGAAACCAACCCUUAUUUCUUUCGUGUUGUCGUUUUGUGCUGACCAGAAGAAAAAGUAGUAAGGAAGAUCUCUGCGGAAAAUUCAUUCCGAAGCACAAAAUACGCGCUUACAUCUUAAGCACUAAACAUCCUAUUCGUACCUUUCAUCAUCUCGGCUAAUUCAAUUUUCCUUUCCUGUAAUUUUCUCGAGAAAAAACUUAUUGCUUGUUUGUGGACUGAUCAAAGAGACUCAAAAAAUGGACAAAAUCAAGAGCAUCUUAAAACCCAAAGCCAACCCUCAACAGCAAUUGAGGGAUUGGCAGAGGCGUCUCCGCCAAGAAUGCCGCAACAUCGAACGCCAAAUUAGAGAUGUUCAGAGAGAGCAGAAGGGUGUAGAGAAAGCCAUUAGAGAAGCUGCCAAGAGAAAUGACAUGGGCUCAGCCAAGGCCCUUGCAAAGGAAAUUGUAAUUUCGAGGAAAACUGUUAAUCGACUUUACGAAAAUAAGGCCCAGCUAAAUUCAAUAUCUAUGCAUCUUGGAGAAAGUGUUGCUAUUGCCCGUACUGUUGGUCAUCUGUCUAAGAGCUCCGAAGUCAUGAAACUUGUUAAUAACCUGAUGAAAGCUCCAGAGAUGGCUGUCACAAUGCAAGAGUUUAGCAAAGAAAUGACCAAGGCAGGGGUGAUUGAAGAAUUUGUAAAUGAUGCUCUUGAUACAGCAUUAGAUUCAGAAGAUAUAGAAGAGGAAACUGAGGAAGAGGUUGAUAAGGUUUUGAGCGAAUUGGCUGGUGAGACGGCUGCGCAGCUUCCAGAAGCUAACAGGAAAGAGAGGAUACAGUUACCUGCUCAAACAGCUAGUGCAUCGAAACAAGUGUGUAAAACUCUUCGAAACCUUCUUUACAUUAUCUCUUUGGAAGCAAGAGCUAAACCAAAUUUUAUUUGUGCCUUUCUCUUUUACAGGGAGAAGCCAUUGCUGAAGGCGUAGAUGAUGAAGAAGAAAUGGAAGAGUUACGGGCAAGGCUUGCUAAAGUGAGAUCGUAAAUUAGUAACUUCUCGUCGACAUUAUCAUCACUUGCUCCUUCCAUGUGGAGGGAAGGGAAGGAAGUAUGUGUAUAUCUGUGCUAUUAAGCAAGUGGAGUUAAAAGUUUUCAUGAAUCUGGCAAGCUGUCACUGAGUUAUGUUUGUAACAUAAAAUUAGCAUUUAAAUUAACUAAAUGCUUACAUUUACAUAUUAUUUAUUAACAAUCUCUUACUAAGACUAAGAUUUCCAAAAUACCAGAUACAUGUUUUCUA